AUGAAGAUCUUCGCCGUGUGCUCCUUUUUGCUGCUCAUCCUGGCUGCCGUCCAGGCUAAUAGUUCUCCAGAGGCAAGGGCCCUUUCUGGAAAGGAGCUUAAGAAGACUGCUGGAUAA